UUGACGGUAACAUGAGCGGCGCUGCCCUCCCCCGGCGCAGCCCGACACAGACACCGCCGUCGACGACUCGUCACUCCACGCUGGAAGAUGGCUGCGGUGGAGCGGACCCCGGUCAGGGAAGGGAUCCGGAUAGUCUCACUGUGUGUGUGCUGGUACACGGUCAGCUCAGGGGGUAACAUCGUCAACAAAAUCAUCCUGAACGGAUUCCCGUACCCGGUCACCGUGUCUCUGUUCCACAUUAUCUCUAUCGUCGUCUUCCUCCCGCCGCUUUUGCGGGCAUGGGGAGUCCCCAAAACAGAACUGCCGAGCAGGUACUACCGGUGGUACAUCUUGCCUUUAGCUUUCGGAAAAUACUUUGCAUCUGUAUCGGCUCACUUCAGCAUAUGGAAAGUGCCGGUUUCAUAUGCGCAUACGGUCAAAGCCACAAUGCCAAUAUGGGUUGUGCUGUUAUCAAGAAUUAUCAUGAGAGAGAAGCAAACCACGAAGGUGUACGUAUCGCUCAUCCCCAUCAUCGGUGGAGUGCUGCUUGCCACAGCGACUGAGCUGUCCUUUGAUGUCUCGGGAUUGAUCAGUGCUCUGGCUGCCACGCUCUGCUUUUCUCUGCAGAACAUCUUCUCCAAAAAGGUGUUGCGUGACACACGGGUCCACCACCUGAGGCUUCUGAACAUCCUGGGCUUUAAUGCUGUGAUCUUCAUGCUGCCCACCUGGGUUCUGGUGGAUCUCUCUGUGUUUCUUGUGAAUGGAGACAUGUCGGACGUCUCAGGAUGGACAGGUACCUUUGUCCUCCUGCUCAUUAGCGGCUUCUGCAACUUUGCCCAGAAUGUCAUCGCCUUCAGCGUGCUCAAUCUCGUCAGCCCUCUCAGCUACGCGGUCGCCAACGCCACCAAGAGGAUCAUGGUCAUCAGCAUCUCACUGCUAAUGCUGCGCAACCCAGUCACCCUCACCAACGUGUUGGGUAUGAUGACCGCCAUAGUUGGGGUUUUCCUCUACAACAAGGCCAAGUAUGACGCUAACAAGCAGAAGAAGCUGCUGCCAAGCACUAAGCAGGACCUGAUGUCCUUUGACAACCCGGCACUGGAGAAAAUCCAGGCCAACGGGUCAGUGCCUUUCUCCCACGGCUCAGAGCAGCAGCACAGCUGGAACAACGUGCUGACCGACCACUUCCAGUACAGCCGACAGGCCUACACGACAAACUACAACAGCAACCACCAGUAUGUGGUGUAAAGGAGGAGGCUGUCCUCACUCUGGGUCGCUGACAUAGACAUUAGUGUGUGUAGCCGCCACCCCACCUGCACCCCCC